AUGCAGCAGACAGGGCAGUUGUCCCACGAUGUCGUUCCGGAUGGCAGAGACGACGCUUGCGUCCCGUCACUCUUCGUUGGGACAACCACUCCAGAAGGUGUAGCCGGCACUCACCUCCUCCAAUUGGCCUUCUUCGGAGAAGCGGGUCUCGCUGAGCGCAGCAAUGUCGACUUUGUACGGCGUCAGUUCCCGAGCCACCAGCGCCGUCCUUCGUUCCGGUCGGUUGCUCUUCGGAUUGUCUAAAAGAGAACGAAAAUUCCAGACUGCCAGCGUGAGCGAAUUCACCCUACCAGCCUGUGGGGUGAGACGGCAGGGGAGAGAGAAAAGAGUAUUUUGUUUCUUGUUUGGUUGUUUCGACCGUGAGUUUUGCGCCUGAGGUUACGGUCAGCCUGCUGACGGUGUGGAUCCCCAGCAUUUGUUUAGGGCAUCUUUUCUAGCCCCUCUUUCCUCGCAGGGAUGGGCGAUGCAGUCCCUAAGUAGGGCUGCACAGUUGUUCCAGACGGCUGCCGAAAUCCACUAUGGGCCGCGACUUUUGAGUUUGGUGGGAGAACGACCCGAGUUAGCCUGGGCCUGCCUACGACAUCACCGUAGGUCUUGCAGGGGGAAUGGGGAAGGGUAGACAGGCGGAAAGCAGGGCUUUCCCGUCCCUCUCUAGGCUAACUGGUUGCUGAAAUACAAUCGGUGAAUAGACAAAUUCAACAGAAGGACAUUUAGCUUGCAGUGAGUACGGACACAAACAAGCAGACAAAAAGCAAACAGACAAGAAGAAGCGAAAGCAAAUGCAGCAGAGCAAUGUUCGCUUACCUGGGGGCUCAUUCAUCUUGUAGCCUCCUACGGUGUUUUAGAUGGAACCUCACCUCAGAGACGCCGAUGCGGUGAUCUAUCCGGCCAACCGAGAUUACCUUGCGCGCAGGUGCACACACGGACACCAUCAUCUGGUUUAGCCGGCCAGUUGAGGCGGUUACCGAGGUGUAGCCACUGGGCAGGACCCAUCUUCGGGGAGCCACACGUGAGAGUUUGGUGCCAGAAAAUGGACGCUAGAGGUAGUCUACACCUGCAAGCAAGCAAGCGACCCACUUCGACCGUCACGUAGACCCACGGCUGGACAACCCUACACCACCUCGCAGGAGACCUCAAGCAAGGAGCUAACUCAACGGCUAGCCAACCUUCAAGUCGCCGCUGCCGUCGCUGAUGAGAACGCCUCCGUAGAGAACCGGUGGUGUCAACUGCGGGACACAGUCCAGUCGACGGUCCUGGCUGUCCAUGGUCACGCACGACGCCAACAUAUGGACCGAUUUUAUGACAACGACGCCGCCAUUGGUAACGCAUUCGCCGAGCAGAACCGCCUGAACAAAGCCUACAUCACCCACCCCACCGACAACAACGAAGCAGCCUUCUACCGUGGUCGCUGCCCUGUUCAAAAGUGGCUGCGGGAGACGUAG